UUUUCUUUUGAUUAUUUUGAAAUUUAUCAAACUUGAAUAAUAAUUAAACGCAGUUUAAUACGUUUUUAAAAUUAAAUUUUCUACAUUGCUUUAAAACUGAUGGUAGCGAGAAAAAGUAAAACGGAUAAUAUUCUGGUUUGCUUCAGAAAAAAUAUUUAUUGUUAAAAUUUAAAUGAAUGGUAAAGUAAACGAAAAUCGUCUUCAACAAGUGCAAUUUGCAAAUAUCAAGAAUAUGUAUCCAGAAGAUUUAUUUAUAAAAAGAUAUUCAAAUAUGCUUAACCAACCAUUACCUGGUAACCCUAAUAAACUUUGUUCUAUUAACCAAUAUAACGAGCUUACUGAAGAACACCCAUUCAGAUAUAUUUCUCCCAUAAAUAGUUAUAUUAAAGUAACACCACAAUCGUUAGUGGCCAGAGAUCUAUUUUUAUCUGAAGCCAACUUAAGAUACCGCCAUUUUGAAAGUGUUUUACCAAGAAUACAAGAGGUCAAUAGUCAACUAAUAAAUCAACCUCAAAUCCAAGUACCGUCAGAUAUUGCACCUGAUUUAUUACUUCGCCAAAAACACGAGUUGCUUAAACAACGAGAACUGGAAAGCAUUUUACUACGAGAGCAAUUAAACAUUCAAGCAUUAAAAUUACCAAACUUGUCAAAAUACGCUUUAUCAUUACUAUACAAUACUAAUAAACGUUAUGCAGCUCCACAAAAUGACUGCGUUACUACAGAAAUGUUAGAAAAUAAUAAACACAAUUUAACUGUUGCGCCUCAAGAAUCGCCAGUAUUCCCAAACACUCAUAACGCAUUAUUACACGAAGAAUUAACAAGGAGACAACAUCUCCUUGAAAUUGAAAGAGACAUUCAUAUUUUACAAACCAUUCGAUUAGAAGAGAUUAUGAAAACAACUUCGUUGCAAAAGGUUAACCAAACAUAUUUAUCCGAAACAAAUAAACAUCAACUAAAUAAAAAUUCCGACCCUUCAAGGUUGACAGAGUAUGAACUCGACGCUUUGAAAAAUGCAGAACUAAUUAGAAAUCAAAAAAAUCAUGGAUCUAAAACAAAGCUUAAAGAAAACUUUCCAAGCCAUGCUAUCGAUUCUAGCUACCAAGCACCUCAUUCCUAUCAACGUAGCCCGUCAAAAGAACUUAAUCAGAAUCUAACAAUCGAACAAGUUAAUGAAAAAAAGGUUUCUUGUAAACAAUCCGAGGUCGAUUAUGAGCCAGUGCUGAAAAAAGCAAAAAAAGUAUGCAACGUAUGCGGCGAGCCAUCCCAAUUUAUAUGUUCAGGAUGUUUAAAAUCUUGGUAUUGUACUCAAGCAUGUCAGGCAAAAGACUGGAAAAUUCAUAAUGCUAGCUGCGGAAAAUCAAAGGAAGAUUCAGUAACAAACCCCUGAAAUUACUUCUUACAAAAUAAUCGAUUAUUCAAUUGAUGAUAAUUUCAUCUGUUUAAGUUAUACUUGGAAUUAUCAUAAUUUCAUUAUCCACGAGGAUCAUGGAAAAUGAAACUAUGUCAACCAAAUCACUACAUUAUAAAAAGGAUAAAUCCUAAUAUCUACGUUAUAUAAAAAAUAAUAAGUUACCCAGCAAACACCCUUUAGCGGAAUUUCAGUGGAUCUAUACAUGCAUUUUAGGCGGCCCACUGUAGUUUUGCUCAUCCGAUACUUAGUGGUCUAUAUAUAUCUAUAUCUAUAUCUAUCUAUCUAUAUCCAUCUAUAUAUAUAUAUAUAUAUAUAUAUAUAUAUAUAUAUAUAUAUAUAUAUAUAUAUAUAUAUAUAUAUAUAUAUAUAUAUAUAUAUCCACUAAAACAACGUUUGCUGGGUAUUGAAAUAAUAUAGUUUAUUAGCGCGAGUUUUUUUUAUAAAUAUAUAUUCUAAAUAAAAGUUUUUGAUUAUUUAUAUUAUACUUUAGAUUUAAAAUAUUUUGUGUAUAACAUUUAAAAUAAAGAGAGGUAGCGUCGAAGAAAAUGCAUAGCGUUUUCUGUUUACGUUUGUGAAAAUUAGUAGAAUUGAUUUUACAUAGUAUAACUUCGCACAAAACAUGUAAUUUAAGUCAUUAUGUUUACUUUUUUUCCAAUAUUGUAUAUAAUUAAACUUCAUUUGUAAAAUGAGGGUAAUAAUUUUUUUAAGUUUUAGUAAAAAACAUAUUUUACAUGUUUA